AUAAUUGGAACAGUCGCGGAGUGUCGCUGCUGCGCAACCGCGACGCAGGAUUUUUUCCAAAUUCAUGGCACGCGAGGCCUAUUUAUCACUCUCUGACAAAUUACAAAGCUAAUGCGUGUAAAUUAAUGUGUUGGACACACGCAGAAUCACGUCAUAAUGCAAAACAUCUGAAGAUGCUUCGACAGAUGGCCACUUUAAUCUAUCUGCAAAUAUAGUACAAGCCCUGGCAAUCUUAUGACUGGGCCAAUAUCAGUGCAACUUCUAAGGACAGGAAAAUGGCACACAAACCAAAGAUUCAUGUCUUUUUGGGUGCCCCAUGUCCCCAAGCACUCGCUGAAGACGUGCAGGAGAGAGCAGCCCCACCCUGGAAGACAAUAGACCUCACUUGGUGUCAAGGCAGGUUGAUUCCCAAAGACACCAUUAGAGAAGCCCAAACAGAUGAGUGUGUUGCGAUGGUUAGUGGUAGAAUGCAAACUGCUGUUACCUCUGACAGAGUAUCUGAGAAUACAGAGGACAAAACGGAAACAUCACAGGAUGACGGCACUCCAUCGGGCAGCCAGUGCUUUCAGUCAAAGGCAGAGUCUGUUGAAGAAGAGGAAUUGUGUCCUGUAUUAGUGACAGAAUACCUAGAUAGUUGCUUCUGCUCGCAUAGUUUGAGUAGACAAGGCAGAGAUGGAAGGCCUACAUCACCUGUUUCCACAGAGACUGAGUAUCUGAGUACAUGGACAAAGUCCCAAGCCUUGCUUCUUCGAGGUAGAGUGGCCCAAUGUCCAACUUCUGACUUUCCUGAUGACUUUCUUCUUGGUUCUCCACACACCCCUCCCAUACAAACGCCCUCAUCAUCUAUAAGUUCCCCAGAAUUGUACAGUCCUGUGGUCAGCCCUGAAGAGAGGGGCUUGGGGGGAACCUUGCAAAGCUCAGGAGAGUGGCAUAAUGAGAGUCUAAGCCAAAGACAGCAGGAGAGAGGGGUGAUUCUGGAAAUCACAACUGACGGUAUCCUCUGCUCUCAGGGUAAUGCUAUGGCUGAAAAACCUGUGGGUCAUGAGGAAGUUGGGUUUAAUAUUGACUCACCAUCUACAAUUGCACAGACUUCACCUAGUCCCACUACUUCUAAAAGGAUGAAGUUGUCUCAGACUGUAAGUAAAACUAAAGAAACAAAGCAGAGGGCAAGAACAACUGCUGCCCCCCUCUGUGGCCCUACAACCCUGCUGGCCAGGUGUAAGACUCAUGGUGUACGAUACAACAUCUUGGUUGCUGUGAUGCAUCCAUGCCACUUAAAAGAAGUCAAAGUGAAAACUGGAGCUUCGGCUGGAACCAGUGUACCUUUAGCAACACUGAUUGUUACAGACCAAUCAGACGUGGAGAUGAAGAUGGUGUUAUGGAGGACAGCGGCUUUCUGGGCUCUGACAGUUUUUCCAGGAGAAAUUCUGCUCAUUACAGAAGUGACAGUGCACAUAGACAAGUGGAAAACUGAGACUGUCCUGCAGUCGUCCUUCACCAGUAAGCUGCUGAAUUUGGGACAGGUCACAAGGGAACGUAUUCCACCUGCCCCACAGAAUUUGAACUGUCAUACAUUGAGAACACUGUGCACUCAUCUGUGUGAGAAGCGCCCCCUCUUGGUGUCUCUGCCUCCUCAGAAGCCUCAGGAUUUGCACUCCAUCCCCUUCAUCCGCCUUGGAGCUUUACGUCCUGACACAUUGGUUCACGCUCUGCUUAGGGUUAAACACUGGAAGUUAAUCACAGCCUGGCGUGAUGAAGCAGAGGGGACAUCCAGAGUAGGAGGUGUACUAAAAGCCAUUUUGAAUGUGGAGCAAGGAGAUGGUCUCCAAGGUGCUGUCGUACUUUGGGGAGCUGCUCUCUCUUGGUUGCAGCGUUUGGAGAGGAACAAAGAUGCUGUGUGGGAGUUCAGGUUGCUGCUAGUCAGACAAGAUGUGACUUCAGGUUUGCUAGAGCUGCAUUCUACUCCAUGGAGCAGCUGUCAGCCUCUCUUUCCUGAUGACAAUCGAUGCAAGGAGUUUUACAACACUGUCCGCUCACAGAGGACUGCUAGCAGCUUUGAGAUUGAUCUCAGCACACUCCUGUCCCAGAAAUACUCCGGUGAUGUGGAUCUGAGAGUUAAAAUCACAGCGUUCCAGUUCCAGAGCAGUCCAUCCCAGGAGGCCUCGCAGGUAAUAAAUGGCAACACGCCCUUGGAGACGAUCUUGGACGUAGUCUCUGGUGACAUCAUAUUUGCUGGAUGUGGUCAGUGCUCUGCAGAACUGGAAACAGAUGAGAACAGCAUAUACAGACCCUGCUACCCAUGUCUGCCACACACAGGAGUGCGUCGCUACUAUAGGCCAGUUGUUUUAACUGUGCGAGCUGGAGAUGAUCAGAUCUGUGUGCAAGUUCCUCCUGCUCUAGUGCAGAGGAUCCUCCUGAACACUCCCCCAGAUAAGCUACAUAAGACCAUAGCCCCAGCAUCAGAGGUGAGGUUCAUCCAGGUAGUAGCUAACAGGAUUAGUUCCAUAUUGACCCCCAUGAAGAACACAUUUCUCCUGACUGUCCGAAGCCAUUUCCAGUGUGAUGACAACAGCAUUCCUGUCAUUCAAAACUUCUUAUUAUUAGACUUCAGCUCACUAGAGUCGUGAAGAAUAUUUGUGUAUAUUUAAGAUGAUGCCAUGUAUUUUUAUGGUCUAUGAUUAAACUGUCUUAAGGUCAUAUAUCAUGUCUAAUUUUCACAG